GCAUCGCUGGAUGACAGAAAUCCUGCCUCCCGGCUCCACCCAGCAGCAUCUCUCCGCCACCUGGAAACAAAGCCCCUUCAAACUAAAUAAACCGUUGCAGCAGCUUUGCGAGAGCUUGAUUGUGGCGGAGCUGAUCGCGGAGGAUCAGGGCGGACAGAUGCGUUAUUGACAGCAGCUGGCAUCUUCUCGUCGGGCUCUGAACUGGAGUGACCUGGAUAUGGAAGCGGACUAAGGGGCCGUGUCUCGCUUUAUUUUGGUUACAACACUGCGAUGGAAACAGAUGAUGCUCUCAUCGGCACCGGGACAAGCUAGCUAACUUUAAUAUCAGGCGGUUUGAACUGGAUUAUUUUAACUGCUACAGUAUAUUCAAAAAAAUGAGAGGACACUGCUGUGAGUUGUUUGUUGGUUAAACCCGUCCAUCCCGCAGUAUGGGAAACAGAAGCUGAAAACAAUGUUGUUAGCUAGUUAGCUAAGGUUAGCCAGCUAGCUGCUAGUUAACUAGUGGGCUGAGUUAGCCUUCCUGACUCAGCCCACUAAUAGUUUAGCUGCUUCAUGUUAGUUACUACAAUAGAGUUGCCAAGUGGCAGUUUUUUUUCUAAGUGACACAACUUUUGCUGUCAGAGUGUAACAUUUGUAAGUAAAAAACCGAAGCUAGCUAGCUAACCAGCGGUGCCGAUCCAUUUUACUGCGAUCUUUGUGGCUGUAAAAGUCUUCGUAAGAGUGUGUCAGCCAUGGCUCAGGAGGCCUUUCCCUUGCAUUUUUACGUCUGGAACAAUCAGUACAUAGAGCUGGACCAAGAGCUGCAGAAGAAAGAACAGGAUGUGGAUCGCCUGGAUCCACGGGGGCGCACCCCGCUGGAGCUAUCUGUCUGUCUGGGUCACCUGGAGUCCACCCGCGUGCUGCUCAGGUACUCUGCGGACCCGACGCACUGCAACGCGCAGGGCUGGACCAUCUUGCAGGAGGCGAUGAGCACCGGGGACCCAGAGCUGGUGCAGCUGGUGCUUCAGUACAGAGACUUUAAACGAGCUACAGAGAGACUGGCGGGCAUCCCAGAGCUGCUCAGCAAACUGAGACAGGCGCGGGACUUUUACGUGGAGAUGAAGUGGGAGUUCACCAGCUGGGUACCUUUGGUGUCUAAGGUUUGCCCCAGUGACGUCUAUCGGGUUUGGAAAAGCGGCUCAUGCCUCCGUGUUGACACCACACUACUGGGCUUUGAACACAUGACUUGGCUUAAAGGACGGCGCAGCUAUAUUUUCAAGGGUGGAGAUGACGGAGCCGUGGUGAUGGAGGUGGACCACGAGAAGCAGGUGGUGUAUACGGAGCCGCUCGUGCUGUCCCCUCGUGAUGCGCCGUCCCUUCUGGCAGCCAUGCAGCCGUCGCAGGAGAACACGGCCCAGAGGCUCACGUCGCCCAUCGUCUCCACACACCUCAACACACGCAACAUUUCCUUUGAGCGGAAUAAGUCGGGAAUCUGGGGCUGGCGUUCUGAGAAGACCGAGGUCGUCAGCGGUUACGAAGCCAAGGUUUACAGUGCCACCAAUGUGGAGGUGGUGACCCGCUCGAGGACGGAGCAUUUAUCAGACCAAGACAAGUCCAGAAACAAAGGCUCAAAGACUCCCCUUCAGUCCUUCCUGGGCAUUGCAGAGCAGCACACGGCUCACAACGGGAGCAACGUGUCCCAGUGUGCCAGUCCUCACAACCCCACGGCCAUCACAGCCGAGGAAUACUUCAACCCGGAGUUCAACCUGAAUGGCCGGGACAUCGGACGCCCCGUCGAGCUCACAAGCAAAGUGCAGAGGUUUAAAGCCACACUUUGGCUGAGUGAGACACACCCUCUGUCCCUGGCUGAGCAGGUGACGCCCAUCAUCGACCUCAUGGCCAUCUCAAACGCUCACUUUGCUAAACUGCGGGACUUUAUCACCCUGCGGCUCCCACCAGGCUUCCCUGUGAAGAUAGAGAUUCCUCUGUUUCACGUGUUGAAUGCCAGAGUGACGUUCAGUAAUCUGUGUGGCUGCGACGAGCCGGUCAGCUCUGUGAUUGUUCACCCGCCAGAGAACUCUGGAGAACUACAGAGCACUCAGGGUCAGCUUCCCUCUGACUUCCAUUGCGAGGUGGACCCCUCGGUGUUCGAGCCCCCUCCAGAUUAUACCACCCUCGGGCCGGGCCGCAGCGAGCCGCUGAGGGACGAGGACGACAACCUGCUGCAGUUCGCCAUCCAGCAGAGUCUGCUGGACGCCGGCACCGAGAGCGAUCAGGUGACCAUCUGGGAGGCGCUGACCAACAGCCGCCCGGGGCCGCAGUCUCCGCUGUAUGAGGAGGACUCUCAGCUGGAGAGGAGAACUUCUGGUAUGAGCUGUAAUUUAAGGAAAGAUACUAAAAUAGAGGCGAUCCAGGAGUCGCUCUCCAUCUCUCUGGCCAGCAGAGAGGGAGAAGACACGGCCGACCCCAGCCUGCCCCCCUCCGUGUCCCCGCAGGACCCCGCCUCCAACUCGCCGCUCUCCUACAGCGCCGCCACCAACCCGAGGCUUUCCGGUCCCUUCGGCGUGGCGUCCAGCUUCGACGAGCAGCUGCAGCUCGCCAUGGAGCUGUCGUGCAGGGAGCAGGAGGAGAUUGACAGGAAGCGUAAGGAGGAAGAGGAGGAGCUGGAGAGGAUCCUGCAGCUGUCUCUCACAGAGAAGUGAUGCUGCGGCGGGACGGGUCCACACUUAAUUUAUUCCGUUUUAAUUUUUAAAUCCCAAGACAUUAAUUUAUUAUUGCAGAUAUUUUAUUUGUUUUUGUCACAUGAAGGCUGCUAACAUGCACAGACUGAAUGGAACUGAUGUAGGAAAUGCGAAAUGAGUUACUCUGAAUAAAAUACUGUACACUUUAAGUGAAGGAGAUGACAAAAAGGGAGCUUUUUUCUUUUUUUUAUUGAAUAUUUUUCACAGUCUUGCUGUUUUUGAGUCAUGAAUGAUCCUUAAGCUUAUAUGAGCCACUACACUGACAAAAAAUACAGUAAAACAUAAUAGAAUUAAAAAAAACUAAGCAUUUAUGUUGGAUUACUCCUAAGUGUGGAAAAAUUAAAAAUAAAGAUAAUCUUGGAUUAUUA